ACACAAAACCAGAAGUCUCCAGUUUUGUGUAUAUCCAAAGCUUUCUCUUACUGAGUUGUAGUUUCCCAAUGAAGCAUUCUCCCCAAGAUUUUAUAACAACCCAUCCUUGGGUAAGUUUCUGCUAAAAUUACAAAAGUUUUGUACCAAGGAAGAUGCCUUCCAGAGCUGAAGCAGCUGUUUAACUCAAAACAUAUUACAGCUUGUGUUAUCUCUAAAUAAAGUAAUAGUAGUUAUGAUAUGCAUCUUGUUGAAAGUGGCUUAAUAUUUUAAUAUUGAUCUUGGACUUUGUUAAUCACUUGCAUAUGUUCAGAGAUGUCUCAAGAUUAGGUUGGUGAUAAUAUUAUAACUUUAAGAAUUUUAUAAUAGAUGAUGGCUCAGCAAUAGAUGUAGUGACCUCCUCUCCAAGUUUCAGAGUCUUCCUCUCCAAGUCUCAAGUAGACCAUAAAAAGAGCUUUGGGACUCAUUCUGAUCCACACAACAUACAAUCUUCUCCCACGGAUUUUGCUUGGGUAUUCGUUCUACGUUAAUAUAGCAUUGUGUCAGAGGAAUGGAGGAGCAAGCUCUGAAGAUUCAAUCUAUAUUCAUUUAUCCGAUCAAAUCUUGUCGUGGAAUCUCUGUCUCUCAGGCAACUGUAACUCAAACUGGAUUUCAAUGGGACCGGUAUUGGUUAGCUGUGAACUACAAGGGAAGAGCAUACACUCAAAAAGUUGAGCCAAAGCUUGCUCUUGUUGAAUCUGAGCUUCCUAAGGAAGCUUUCUUUGAAGACUGGAAGCCAACAAAGAAUUCGUUUUUGGUGGUAAGAGCUCCUGGAAUGAGUCCUUUAAAGAUUCCAUUGACUAAACCAAGCUCGGUGGCAGAAGGUGUGUCCAUGUGGGAAUGGUCUGGAUCUGCCUUUGAUGAAGGAGAAGAAGCUGCUAAAUGGUUUUCUGAUUAUCUCGGAAAACAAAGCCGUUUGGUUCGGUUUAAUAAAGAAACUGAAACUAGACCUUCACCUCCUGAGUAUGCAGCUGGUUACUCUACCACAUUUGCUAAUACAUUCCCUUUCAUGGUUUCUUCACAGGCUUCUUUGGACAAGCUGAAUACAAUUCUUACUGAACCGGUGCCUAUUAAUCGCUUUCGACCCAACAUUCUGGUCGAUAAUUGUGAUCCUUUUGGUGAAGAUCUUUGGGAUGAAAUCAAGAUAAAUGAUCUGGUCUUCCAAGGAGUUAGGCUAUGUAGCCGCUGCAAGUUGCCAACUGUGAAUCAAGAAACCGGAGUUCCAGAUGCAACUGAACCAAUUGAAACUCUGAUGAAAUUCAGAUCAGACAAAGUCUUAAUGCCACACAAGAAACCGCAUGGAAAAGUUUUCUUUGGUAAGGAUAUGGUUUGGAAUUGGAACACAACCAAUAACCAAGGCAAAGGCAGUAAGAUAAUCAAAGUUGGUGAUUCCAUCUCUGUCCUAAGGAUGAUCUCUUCCGUAUCUGAAGCAGCUGUUUAAAGUCGAAUCGAAUAUAAACAUUUUGCUUCUUCUGUUGUGUUGUUAUCUCUAAAUAAUUUUUUUUUUGAAAA